AACUUCCAUAAUCACUUUUUCUUCAAACUUUCUUUCGUCUCUCUCUCUCUCUCUCUCUCUCUCUCUCUCUCUCUCUCUCUCUCUCUCUCUCUCUUUCAAACUUCAAAAACAAACACUUCCUUAUAGUUACACUUCUAUCUCUAACCUAACUGUCACUGUUUCUCUCUCUAGGGUUUUGGAGUUCAAACUCCAUCACUCUGAGAACCGUUCUGAAAAGCUAGUACAAUUAUAGUAGGUUUGAAGUUUUUGAAGAGGAAUUUGAAGUUUGCGUGGUUUGAGGUAGAAGGAUUAUAGAUACCAUCUUAUGUAGGUGUGGUUAUUUGAAUUUUAUUGUGGCGGGUGAAUGUUACUUGGUGGUGUGUAAUGACGAUUUCUAUGGACUUGAAUGCCUCUCCUUUGCCGGAGGAAGAUGAAGAUCCUUUUGAGGGCCAGGUCGAAGAGUAUAAUGCGCCAAAAAAGGACCAGAUCGAAGAGUAUAUUGCGCCAGAAGAGCAAAUAGAAAGUGGAGCUGAUAUAGCUCGCCGGGAACGUGAAGAAAGAAAGAAACGGUUGAAAAGAGAACGUCCAGAUGACAGGCCCGUGCAAGUAUCACAGCCACCUGGAUAUGAUAAUUUUUUCCAUAAUAAGAUCCUUAAAUCAUAUGAUAGAAGUAAGCUUCCUCCGGGUUGGUUGGAUUGCCCUUCAUCUGGGCAGGAAAUUUUCGGCAUGAUACCUUCUAAGGUUCCAUUGGGUGAAUCCUUCAAUGACUAUAUUUUACCUGGUAAAAGAUACUCAUUUAGACAAGUGAUACAUCAGCAGAGAGUUUUAGGGAGAAAACUUGGUCUGGUCAUUGAUCUGACAAAUACUUCUCGAUACUAUCCAGUAUCAGAUCUAAAGAAAGAGGGUAUCAAGCAUGUUAAGAUCCAAUGCAAGGGCCGCGGUUCAGUACCUGAUAAUUCAUCUGUUAAUCAUUUUGUGUAUGAGGUUAGGCAAUUUUUAUCGCGUCAAAAACACUCGAAGAAGUAUAUACUUGUUCAUUGUACACAUGGUCACAAUCGUACAGGAUAUAUGAUUGUCCAUUAUCUAAUGCGCACAAUGUCAAUGUCUGUUACUCAGGCGAUCAAAAUAUUUUUUGAUGCACGUCCUCCAGGAAUCUAUAAACCUGAGUAUAUUGAUUCAUUAUAUAAAUUUUAUCAUGAAAAAAAGCCUGAAACAAUAGUCUGUCCUGCUACUCCGGAGUGGAAGAGGUCCCCUGAACUUGUUGAUCUCAAUGGUGAAGCAGCUCCAGAUAAUGAUGACGAUGAUGAUGAUGGAGUAGCAGGUCCUCCGUUGCAAGAGAACCAUGAGAUUGACACAAUAAUGACAAAUGAUGAUGUUUUGGGAGAUGAGAUACCUAAUGAUCAGCAAGAUGCAUUUCGGCAGUUCUGCUUUCAGAUACUCAAAUUGGGGACUGGGGCCAGAGGACACAUGCAAUUUCCAGGGUCACACCCAGUUUCUUUAGACAGGGAAAAUUUACAGCUGCUACGCCAGCGUUACUACUAUGCAACAUGGAAAGCUGAUGGAACAAGAUAUAUGAUGCUAAUAACUAUGGAUGGAUGCUUCUUGAUUGAUAGAAACUUCAAUUUUAGAAGGAUUCAAAUGAGGUUUCCAUGCAGGGUUGCAAAUGAUGGCUUGGCAGAGAAGACUCACCACUUCACAUUACUUGAUGGGGAGAUGAUUAUUGAUACAGUGCCAAAUUCAAAAAAGCAGGCAAGGAGAUACCUAAUAUAUGAUCUGAUGGCGGUCAACUUCGUGUCUGUGAUCGAGCGGCCUUUCUGUGAGCGGUGGAAGAUGCUUGAGAAAGAAGUGAUUGAACCCAGGAAUCAUGAACGGUACCAUCGCAAACAUCCGUACUAUAUAUAUGACAUGGAGCCUUUCAGGGUGAGGAGGAAAGAUUUUUGGUUGCUCUCUGCUGUGACAAAACUUUUGAAUGAAUUCAUUCCGAAACUCUCACACGAUGCAGAUGGUCUCAUAUUUCAGGGAUGGGACGAUCCUUAUGUACCUCGUACUCAUGAAGGUCUCUUAAAGUGGAAAUAUGCUGCUCUAAAUUCAGUUGAUUUUCUCUUUGAGAUUGUUGAUGAUCGCCGGCUACUUUUUCUCUAUGAACGUGGAAAAAAGAAACUCAUGGAAGGGUUUAUUGUUGCAUUCGAAGAAGGUUCAGACCCCAUGCUUUAUUCUGGAAAAAUCAUCGAGUGUGCUUGGGAUGGUGAUAGAAACGAAUGGAUAUUCAAGCGAGUCAGAACAGAUAAGUCAACUCCCAAUGACUUAAAUACUUACAAGAAGGUGAUGCGAAGCAUAAAAGACAAUAUCACCGAGGAUGUCCUGUUGACUGAAAUAAACGAGAUAAUCUGCCUUCCCAUGUAUGCCGACAGGAUAAGAAUCGAUAGCAAAGGACAUCAUGUAGUUAGGCGAAAGUAAUCAGUGAGGAACUCAUGGUCUGUAAAGCUUUCACUGGUGGGAGAAUCAUAUGUUGAAAGCUAUAUCAAAGGGGUCUACUGAUGGUCUGCAAAUGAACAUCAUCCAAAGGUUCAUCGUAUCAUGUAAUUAGGUAGUUAUUAGUUAAUGCAGUAAUCGACACUGCUCAUAUUCAGGCCUGAAACCAUUUCUUGUGGUUAUCUACUAGAUGAAUAGUUAGGUUUAGGAUCUCAAUGUAUAUUACCCUUAUAAUUUUUGUUGUUAAGUAGUGGUUACAAAUUGUUGAAAGGGUAGUUUUUUACUAGAUUCAAGUUUCAUUACAUUGGUUAGAAUAUUCCCUGUAUGUGAAUAUUAAUUUGGGGAAUUACUUAUUAGCAUUUCAUUAACUCCAAUGUAGAAGUUAUUCUGCAUUUACCUCCUUAGUGGGAGCUAUGUUGGGAUGAACUUAUCUAGUUAUUACAAUUUGCAACGUAUUAUUCUCAA